AGCGGCAAACAGAAAUGGCAAACGAUUCUUCGCGCGUCCGCGUGGUUCGCAGGAGCACCGUCAAGGCCUCCGUCACGCGGCCCGACGCCGUGCUUCCCGUCUCCAACCUCGACCUGCUGUACUACCCCAUGCCGCUCUCGAUGGUCUGCGCCUACCGCAGGCCCUCGUCCGGCGGUGGCUUCGUCGACGUCGUCGCCGCCUUCGAGGCCAAGCUGUCGUCCCUGCUGGACCACUUCUUUCCCCUCGCCGGCCGCAUCGUGGCUAACCCGCGCUCAGGGCUCCCGGAGGUGCACUGUGACAACCAGGGCGCGGAGCUAGUCGUCGGCGAGGUCGGCCUGGCGCUGGGCAGCCUGGACUUCGGCGACCUGGACGCGUCGCUGGCGAGAGUCGGCGUCCCCGUCCAGUACGACGCGGACAUCGCGCUGUCGGUGCAGCUCGUUUCGUUCUCCUGUGGAGGGUUCGUCGUGGUGUGGGGCACCAACCACGGCCUCGCGGACGGGUGCGCGCUGUGCAUGAUCGUUGACGCGUGGUCUGAGCUCGCGCGGUCUGGGACGGUCGUCGCCGCCGCCCCGAACUACGACCGCUCCGUGUUCCGCCCUCGCGCUGCCCCGUCGUACGGCCCUUCGGUGGGCGAGCUGUUCAUGCCGUUGGUGAGCGAGCGUCUCGUCAACGCCCUCACGGCCGGGGGCUCCUUGGUCGGCCGCACCUACUACGUCGAGGAGCGGGACCUCGCCAUGCUGCGCGCGCAAGCGAGCGGCGACGGGGAGCGCGGCGCGAGCCGCGUCGAGGCGGUGUCUGCGUACUUGUGGAAGGUGUUCGCCACCACCGUUGGCUCGUCCGACGAGAGUUGCCGCAUGGGCUGGUGGGUGAACGGGCGACGGCGUCUCACCACCACCCCGGAGGAAGCCAUGCGCAACUACGUCGGCAACGUCACGACGUUCGCGGUGGCGGAGGCGACCGUGGAGGUUAUCCAGCGGCGGCCGCUCCCGGAGAUCGCGUCGAUGGUGCGCGGGUCGAUCAGGUCGACGGCCACCGACGAGCACUUCCAGGAGCUAGUGGACUGGGUGGAGGAGCACAAGCGCAAGGGCAAUGGCAAUGGCAAGGCUGCGGUCAAGUUCGUGGAGACAGCAACCGCCGGGCUGGGCAGCCCGGCGAUGGGCGUGACGUCGUUCGCGUCCUUCAGCGUCGACACGGACUUCGGAUUCGGGCACGCCGCCGUAGCGAUGCCUACGUGGGUGGACUGCGGGAGGCUGUGCUCCGGCUUCGUGAAGAUCAUGGCGCGUCCGGGGAGUGACGGUGGUGGUGGUGGUUCCUGGAUCUUGGGCAUGUCCGUUUGGCCGAAGCUCGCCGCGGCGCUCGACUCGGACGAGCAGCGCAUCUUCAAGCCUCUCACCGCCGAGUAUCUCGGCCUCAUGGCUGCAGCAAAUUAGUAUAGCCGGCUCCUGGCUCAUUUAUAUUAAUAUAAGAAUAAGUGGGCCAGCGAUUCACACAAAUAAACCACAGGUUCUGUUUUCAGAUCUUGUGGUGGCAGUAUUUGUGUGAUGGGUCCACACAAGUUUUUGGUUACUGAAUUGGCGGGUGAUGGAUACACACUCACACCGCGCUUAUAUACAAUCAAAAUUGCUAAAUACUUGGCCUAUACAAUAAAAACAGGGAUUUGU